AUGGAUAUUAAAUUCAUCAUGAUGGGAUAUGACCUUGACAUAUCUGGAAACAAAAAGCAGUUGUCUGAGAAACUUGUUACAAAACUUAAAAGUUCUGAGGCCAUGCCUAAACCAGGUGAACUGAUGCAGGAACUAUAUGACAACAUGAGAAGGAGAACUACCAACUUGUCCAUGGGAGACGCAGAAACUAAUUCCGCUUGA